AUCGAACAUCAUCAACAAGGGACCUCUUCUCAAAUCUUCCUCCUCCCAGUAGCUCCCAAUGGAGCCUCCUCGCCGAAGAACCAUGAUAUGGGUCCUGUGCGCUGCCCUGGUGGCCUCGGCCGCAUCCACGGAAGCCAUCGGCGUGAACUGGGGGACCCAGACGUCGCACCCGAUGCCCCCAAAGAUCGUCGUCCAGAUGCUCAAGGACAACGGGAUCCAGAAGGUCAAGCUGUUCGACGCGGAGUCGUCGGUGAUGAGCGCCCUGGCCAACACAGGGAUCGAGGUCAUGGUUGCCAUCCCGAACGAUCAGCUCGAGCAGAUGGGCACCUACUCGAACGCAAAAGCCUGGGUUCACGAGAACGUCACAGGUUACCGAGAUGUCAAUAUCAAGUAUGUUGCCGUGGGGAACGAACCCUUCCUCAAGAGCUACAAUGGCACGUUCUUGAAAGCCACGUUCCCUGCACUCAAGAACAUUCAGAAGGCCCUGGAUGAGAUGGGAAGCAAGCAGAUCAAGGCCACCGUCCCCAUGAAUGCCGACAUCUACAGCUCCCCGGAGGACAACUCCGUGCCUUCUGCAGGGGACUUCCGCUCCGAUAUUCGUGAUCUCAUGGUCGAAAUCGCGCGGUUCCUCAGCUCCAACGGCUCGCCCUUCGUUAUCAACAUCUACCCCUUCCUCAGCCUCUACGAAAAUCCCAACUUUCCGGCGGACUUCGCCUUCUUCGAUGGCGGCGGCCGGUCGAUCAACGAUAAGGGCACCAAGUACACCAACGUGUUCGACGCCAACUUCGACACACUCGUGUGGGCCUUGAAGAAGGCUGGCAUCUCCAGCAUGAAGAUCAUAGUCGGCGAAGUCGGCUGGCCGACGGAUGGCAGCAAGAAUGCGGACGUAGCAGGUGCGAAGAGAUUCUACGAUGGGUUGAUGAAGAAGAUGGCGAGCAAUACUGGCACGCCGGUGAGGCCCGGGCCGAUGGACGUCUACCUCUUCGCCUUCAUCGACGAGGACAUGAAGAGCAUCCAGCCGGGCUACUUUGAGCGGCACUGGGGGAUCUUCACGUACGACGGGAAGCCCAAGUUCCCGAUGGACCUCUCGGGCAAGGGAAAUGGUAAGUACUUGGCAGGCGCAUCCGGGGUGGAAUAUCUAUCGGAUGAGUGGUGCGUCUACGAUCCGAGUGCGAGGAAUCAGGAGGCAGUGCCACGGAGCAUGGAUUUUGCGUGCUCCAACGGGGACUGCACGGCAUUGAUGGGCUCAUCGCCGUGCAGCAAGUUGGAUCGCAGCGGCAGGGUAUCGUAUGCCUUCAACAUGUAUUUCCAGAUGAAGGACCAGGACGUCAGGGCAUGCGACUUCCAAGGCUUGGCGAAGAUCACCAGCAGGAAUGCGUCCCGAGAUGGCUGCUUGUUCCCCAUACAAAUUGUGAAUGCCGCUGGAAGAAGCCCGGCGGAGUUGGGCUUACUGAUGCUGCCAUGGAUUGCUGUAUUAUUAUUUCUAUGAGAGAGAGGACUCACUCGGAAGGGUACUGGUGGGGGCUGCUUGUACAGUAGAUUUGGUGAAUGUCUGGGGGCCAACUAAUACAUAUUAGUUUAUCAUGAAUUCAAAUUCAUAUAAAUCUAAUCACAAAUAUUACGAUCGAUC